GCCAAGGUUCUGUCACAGAUUUGAGACUCUAACACACCACUGAGGACUAGUGGAGGCCACUAUGACACCUGCUAUGGAAUGAUCCAGAAAGAUCUAGCCAGCAAAACCUAAUUCCCACCAAGAGAUCCCGAGAAAGAUGAGGUGAGGUGGUGACAAAAGAAUCCUGAUUGUUUUUAAUCUUUAUGAGACGGAAGGAAUUUAAAAGACCUCCUGCUAAGAAUGCUGGGGUUAGAGAGCAGGCUAAGGUCCUUCUCCAAUCCAAACUCAGCCUCAGUACGUGGCGAGUCAGCCACGGCGCUAUGAGCAGGGUGGCCUCAAGACAUCGACGCUCCAUGCAGACGUUCUCCUUCACUCUCUGGAUCCUAAAUGCUUUGAUUCUCAGUCAUGGGAGUGACUUCCGAGCAGAUGAACGCAAAGGUUUGCAGCUUCCAGAGACCCAGAGCAGCAGCAGGCAAAGGUGGCUGGAGGGGGUGUCAACCGUGGAUGAGCUGCUGGAGCUGCUGUACCCUGAAUACACCCUGGCGCAGCGCUGCCUCAAGAGGAUGGUGCAGGGAAUGCCCGCUCUCCCACUGUACGAGGAGGAGACCGGCAGGUUUCCCCGUGAGGCAUCCGAGCCUCAUGCUGUCGAAGCCAUCAAGGCGAUCGUGAAGGAGAUCGAGCUGACGGCCUGCCAGCCACGUGAGGUGUGCGUGGAGGUGGCAAAGGAGUAUGCGGAGAGCACCAGUAACUUCUUCGUGCCACGCUGUGUCUCCGUACAUCGCUGCGGGGGCUGCUGUUACAAUGAGGGCCAGGAGUGCAUCAACAGCAGCUACACCCUAGUGGAGAAGACAGUGUUGGAGUUGGUCCCGGUGCAGAACGACAAAUCAAUCAUCAAAACGACAUUCGUCAACCACACGUCUUGCGAGUGUCAGCCAAAGAGCCCGUUACACACCAUCAGCAGAAGGGCCACGGCCAACAACCUGCUGUCCCGAUGUUCCCCUCCAGAUGUUCCCUGCAGUCUUGGACUGGUGUGGAACCCCACUGAGUGCAAAUGCAUGCACUUGAGUCCCCUCUCUGCCAGGGAGAUGGCACCCCUGGACACAGCCCUGCUGACCCUCUGCGGCCCAAACCGGACUCUGAACAGACAGUGCGAGUGCGAGUGCCGGAACGGGUUGACGCAGGCCAGCUGCGGACCACGUCGCAUGCUUGACGAGGAAUCCUGCAAGUGUGCCUGCAGGGCACCUCCCCCGACUGAGCCAUGUCCCCCAAACCAGCACUGGAACCGGGAGACGUGCAGCUGCGUCUGUCAGGCUAACUGCACCUUUGGCUACUCACCCGUCCCAGAAAAGUGCCACUGCAAGUGUAGGAACAGCCCACGCAUCUGCCGCUUGAUGGGAAUGACCUUCAGACCAGAAAACUGCAGCUGUCAACAACGGCAAAAGAAAACGUCAUACCGUGAAGAUGGAAAGCAGAAGUUUAGCAUGUCUUCCCUGGGCAAACAUAAACUCAAUGGACCAGUGUAAUGGAGUUAAAAAAAACCUGUAAAAAAAAUGCAAUACAAACAGACAAGCUGACCAGCACCUGCCUUCCAAGCAGGCGUGCUACCUUUGGAGAACACAUCCAGAUAAUAUUACAAAGCCGGAGGGCUUAAUGACUGCUACUAUCAUGUUUAAUAUGGUUCAAAUGAAUAAUUACAGAUUUGUCAGAGUUUCAUUUACUUAAAGUUUUAACUUUUAGUGAAACAGCAAUGCGACUAUUCCGUGAAAUUAUUUUACAUGGAUAUUUGUAUGUUUUUUACUACUUGAAGACUGAAAGGUAUUGUUAAAAAAAACUUUAACUUGUACCUAAUAACAUUAUGUUUUAGUUUUAAUGGUAAAAGUUGAAAUUAAUAUUUAUUUAUGUUUCUAUGGCUAGUUUUCUACCCAGUACAUAAACACGUAGCUGCAAAAAUCUAAGGUCAAUAAAAACAGAAAAUAAAAAAAACAAAGGAUUGUGGAUAUUAAACUAUACCUCUCGGUGCUGAAA